UUUCAUUUGGAAGAAAUAAGACAGCUUCAUUUUUCCCAUAAAAACGCUUCAACUAAGAUGAGAAGUGUUCUGUGUGUUUGUGCGAUUAUAAUCUGUUUCUUUAAUAUAGCCAUCAAUUCAGGAGAUGCUUUGAGAUGCUAUUCAUGCUCAGCGGUAACAGGACAAAGAAGUGACUGCCAGAGAAACGUUAAUACCAACACAAUACAAGCCACAUUUUGCCAACCUGGAUACCCGUCAUGCAUGACACUGGUAAUGCAAGGUAAUAUAACAAGAGGAUGCGCCCAAAUCAACGCAUGCCACGUGUUGCAACAUCAGCAUGGAUUCCUGAGCUGUUCCACUUGUGUACCCGAUCUGUGUAAUGAUCAAAGUUACAAUAAUUCCAUCACGAUAUCCUCGUUCUCUUUACCGCUAGCACUGCUUAUGGUGUUAUAUUUUAGUUUAAAGAUGAUCAUAUAUUAACGAACGAUUAAAAUUACUUAUAUACAUGUAUAUAAACUCCUUCUUUUAAUUGUUAUCUA